CAACCUCGAACACUGGACCAAUCGACACUUUUAUCGAUAAAAUGGCUUCUUCCAUCGGCACAGCGAGCGACCGACGCAAGUCGCGCAAGGCGCACUUUGGCGCUUCCAGUGGAACGAAGAGGAAGAUCAUGUCUUCCCCUUUGUCCAAAGACCUCCGCAGUAAACACUCUUGCCGCUCCAUGCCCAUCCGGAAAGACGACGAGGUUCUCAUCGUGCGAGGAAAAUACAAGGGUAGGGAAGGCAAGAUCACCCAGGUUUACAGGAAGAAAUGGGUUGUUCACGUUGAACGAGUGCAUGUGGAAAAGUCAAACGCUGCCACUGUUUCCGUUGGAAUACACCCCAGCAACGUUGUCAUCACUACUCUGAAGCUCGACAAGGACCGUAAGGCGAUCCUCGAGCGCAAGGGAAAGAAGAGUUCGAAAGCUGAGGGAGGUGAUGUCGAGAUGGCAGAGUAGACCUUGGGGGACCCGCAUGUACACUGGGAUGCCAUUCAUCAUUGAUACUUUCAAGU